AUGCUGUCCAUCGCCUCCGGAAUCAACAACAAAUUUAUCGUUUGCGGGCGGAAACUAAACGGGUACUCUAGCUUGGAUUUAUUCGUUAUGCCUAUAACCGACAAGCCGCGAUUAAAUCACUCACAAAAUGCCAAAAAAAUCACACCUACCACGCCCAAUCCGUGGGUCACGGGCGGUCCACCGGGUGGCAAAGACGCCGUCCUAGUGUUCCGCACCUACGCCCUAUCGCCAGCGGCCUCUGAGAGUGGUGGCGAUCUCUCGCCGGGUGGAAGCCCUUCCGUAACGCCAUCAUCGGAUGUUGCAUCCAGUACAAACCUAGCCGGCGAGGUGUCUUCCGCCGGUCCGACGGUGUCCCCGAGGCUGGCCGAGCUGAAGCAUACAGCCCACAAAUCAUCCCCCACUGCCCCCAAUUCUACACUGCCGAAGAAUUUCAACGUUCAGCGGAAGACGCGCGGAAUGGCACCGAGCAGAAGUGGCACCAUCACCAGCAGCAACGAGGAUGACGACGACGAGGAUGAAGAUGAUGAAGCUGAGGGUGCCGACGAAGAUGAGGACAACGAGGAAGAUGAGCACGAUCGUGUUGAUCAAGUGGAACGCCGCGAUCAGGAGCAGGAUGUUGAUGACGAGGACGAUGACGACGACGACGACGGUGAAGAAGGCGAAGGAAACGACGAAGACGAGGAGUAUGAAACGGACGCAGGAGCAACCUCGCAGGAGGAGCUAAGUCCUGCGAAGGGAAAAAGCUCGAGUGGUUCCGCGGCGCGAUCGGUUACCAUCGGUGAAGAACCGCGCAUCAACAAGCCCAAGAAACGGCAGCUCGAAUCGUCGUCCUCUUCCAGCUCGCUCAGUAACGCGUCGAUGUCGAGCGUCAAGGGCGGGUCGGGUGAUGAAAUCGACACGGAAAUGUCGACGUCCAAGUCGGAACCCUCGCUGGCCAUGGCGGCGAUGGCCGUGGACAAGAAGCUGGCCGCCCAUCGGAAAUGCACGGAAGAGAACAAGGAGAACCAGCAGAACGCACCGGCAAAGACGGAAAUGCCGGCAUCGCAGCUGAACAUUUGCUACAAGUUCAUCAACACCGAGACGCGGCUGCUGCGGAAGAUACUGAACGCGCACGGUAUGGGCGAGAGCGGCCCGGAGUGCAACGAUUUCAAUCUGCUCUGGACCGGCAUUCACCUGAAGCCGGACAUUUUGCGUAAUUUGGCCCCGUACCAGCGAGUGAAUCAUUUCCCUAGAUCCUACGAGUUGACGCGCAAAGAUCGGCUUUACAAAAACAUCGAGCGCAUGCAGCAUCUCCGGGGUUAUAAGCAUUUCGACAUCGUACCACAAUCGUUCCUACUGCCACAGGAUUACAAGGAACUGAUAGCGGCGCACAACAAGUGCCGUGGUCCGUGGAUCGUGAAGCCGGUUGCCUCCAGCCGCGGCCGUGGAAUAUUUAUCGUGAACUCGCCGGAUCAGAUUUCUUCGUUCGAGCAGGUCGUGGUGGCAAAGUACAUCUCCGACCCGCUGUGCAUCGACGGACACAAGUGUGACAUUCGCAUUUACGUCGCGGUCACAUCGUUCGAUCCGCUCAUCAUCUACAUCUACGAGGAGGGUCUGGUCCGGCUGGCAACGGUCAAGUACGAUCGGACGGCCGAAAAUCUGUGGAACCCGUGCAUGCACCUGUGCAACUACAGCAUCAACAAGUACCACACCGAUUACAUCAAGUCGAGCAACGCGGGCGAAGAGGACGUCGGGCACAAGUGGACGCUGAGUGCGCUGCUGAGGCACCUCCGCAGCCAGGGUUGCAACACCGAGCAGCUGAUGCUCGCGAUCGAGGACCUGAUCACUAAGGCGAUCUUUUCCUGCACGCAACCGGUCGUGUCGGCGUGCCGCAUGUUCGUGCCACACAUUGGCAACUGCUUCGAGCUGUACGGCUUCGACAUUCUGAUCGACGAUAUGCUGAAACCGUGGCUGCUGGAGGUGAACCUCUCGCCGUCACUCGGUUGCGAUACGCCGCUCGACACCAAGGUGAAGGCUUCGAUGCUGACCGAUCUGCUCACGAUGGUGGGCAUUCCGGCCAUCAGUCCGCUGCAGAAGGCGUGCUACGACAGCAAGGGGCAAAAAAUUCGCAACCUUACCACGCCCUAUCGGCGCGUCAACUCGGCUGACUUCGUGCACACUGGCGGCCGGAAGGACGGUUCGGGCGGCAGUGGCGGUGGCAAUCAGCAACAGCAAGGAAAAGGCGAUGGCGGCGGUGGCAGUAAGCUGCAGACAACGCUAAGUGCGCUGACGGCGGAAGAGUUGAAGAUACUGCGGUUCGCUCGCUCUCAGUACGAACGGCGAGGUGGAUUUGUCCGGAUCUUUCCUACGAGUGACAGUAUGACACGGUACGGAUCACUGUUGGAUCCGAUCACUGGGAUCCCAACGUCGGCCGUGACAUCGUCUAGCAGUGGCACCUACCUGAUGAUCAUACCGCACAACUACAACCAGAUGUUGCACUCCCAGCUGUUUCCGCCCGGAAGUGAGACGGAGAACCGCAUCGUGCACCGUAUCCAGAAGUACGAGCGUGCCCUCGAAAGCUCGCUUCCGAUCACGAUCGGUCCGAAGCAUGCGGCACCCAAGUGUCUGGACGAGGCGAAACGGCUGCGGUUGCAAGUGCGUAAGCUGAUCGAGAAUGGGCACGAGAUGAGCAUCUUGCAGGCCCGGCGAGCUUUCGGUUACUACCUGGAGUACAUCCUGAAGCGACUCUCGUCCGAACCGAAGCACAGCCACGAAGAGCUCAUCAUGAAGUUCCUGUAUCGCGUCGGCGCCCACAUGAAGACGCCAUUUUUCUUCCGCAAUUUCGGCAACAAGGCACUCGGUAAGGACCGUGGCGCAAUGGUGGCCAAACAGCUCGGUGACUACCUGCAUCUGUACAACAAGGAAACGGAGUCGUACGUCGACGUGUUCGAUAUUGUCGGCAUGCUGCCGAUUAAGCUGUUCGAUGACUUUCUGGUGCAGGCGAGCGAAGCCGACCUGGAGUCGGUCCUGACGCUACACACGAACCUCUCGCAGCAGAUGCCGUUCCUGUACAGCGGAUGCUCGACCAGUGUUCCGCCGGCACCGCCUAUUCCGGUUGGAGCGCACGGUUUCUUGAAAGCGCUACCGAGCAUGGCUCCGGGCGGCGCUAACAAGGAGCUGAUCCGAUUGGAUCCUUUCUAUCGGCGCGUCGAGAGCCGGCUUCCGCUGGGGGCUCGCGUUAGUGGUCUCGCUGAAGCGCGAGGAAUCGGUGGCGUCGGGGAAUCUAAGGCCUCCGCGCGGCUUUCGCCGAUGAAGAAGAAACCUCCAAUCGGAAGCAUGGUGAAGUCGUCCCGGGAGCGUGAGCAACGCUCGAAUUGGCUCUACUAA